AGUGGUUCCAUUGAUUGAGAGCUGCUCUGAGUACAAUUCUCUCUGCCUUCUUGUCUUUUCCCAGGUUCUGGGACAAUGGUCCUACAGGUCAUUGGAGCCACCUGGAUGGCAGCUCGGAUGGUAUCCCUGGUGAUGCUGAGCUCUGCUUUGGCUCAGGGAAGAGACACCCCAGAGAUGUACGUCUACCAGAGGAGGAGCGACUGCUUCGAGUUCAAUGGGACACACCGCUUCUUGGAGAGAUACGUUUACAACAGAGAGGUGUAUGUCCAGUUCGACAGCGCCGUGGGGUCGUUCACGGCUGAGACUCAGCUGGGGGAGAUAACAGCCCAGAAGUGGAACCGAUGGAAGGGGUUCCUGGAGCUGAGACGGAGCGCGGUAGACACAGUGUGCAGACACAACUACGAGCUAGAUGAGGGUUUCACCCUGAAGCGCAGAGUCCAACCGAGAGUGAACGUCUCCCCCUCCAAGAAGAGGCCCCUGCAGCACCACAACCUGCUCGUCUGCCACGUGACAGAUUUCUACCCGGGUGACAUUCGAGUCCGGUGGUUCCUGAAUGGAAAGGAGGAAACAGAUGGGGUCGUGUCCACCAACCUGAUCCGUAACGGAGACUGGACCUACCAGAUCCUGGUGGUGCUGGAAACGAUCCCCCAGCAGGGAGACGUCUACACCUGCCACGUGGAGCACCCCAGCCUGGACAGGCCUGUCACCGUGGAGUGGAAGGCACAGUCUGAUUCUGCUCGGACCAAGAUGCUGACUGGAGUCGGGGGCUUUGUGCUGGGGCUCACAUCCCUGGUAGCAAGCUUCGUUCUCCAUCUUAGAAACCAGCGAGGACGACGACAACAAUAGCAGCCAUUAGCCUCACAGGGGUCCUGAGCCGAUCCCAGACAUCAUGCGUCCCUCGGAGCAAGUACGUCUGAUACACCUGUUGUUCUGCAGCUUCCGGCCUGGAACCUCCGGCUCCCAGAUGGGCAUGUGACCGGGCUGUGCCUCAACGCCAGCUCUAAGUCUGCGUUUCCACCGAAUGUAUUUCUCUUUCCCACCUUGUCUAACUAUCAUGUCUUUCCAGAGGAACAUAAAUUACUGCAAUCUGA